AUGGACCCAGAUGCGAGCAUUCCUACCGAGCCAGAGCCAUCAGUAUUCAGCUAUGUGCUCUCAUUCCUCCUUGUCGGCGUAGCAUGGGGGUUUACAACCCCUUUUAUCCGACGCGCGGCGGCAGACUUCAACGCACGGCAAGAGAAGCAAGCCAACAAACCGACAGAACGCGGAAGAUCACGAUCACAAAGCUCGCCCCAAACCCGCUUCACGGAUGCCGGCGAGGAGCAGGAAUUGCUCUCCCAAGAGGGACAGGAUAGUGAAGGUGGGUACGAGGAUGGCGUGCGUGACCGGAGCACAAGUCGAAGUGAUCUGAAUCGCAAACCGAAGACCGGGGGUAGGGACUCGGAGCUGGACAAUGGAGAUGCUGCACAGAGUGGGAGCCACGAUUCUUCGAUCGAGAGGGAUGAUGGUGACGAGGACAAUCUGCCAGCUCCGGCUUGGAGACGGGGAUCUGCGGCAAAGCAGUCCUGGUUGCGUGCUAAGGUCAUCUCGAUCUUUUGGACGGUUGUCAAUUUGCUUCGCACGCCAGCGUAUGCGAUUCCGUUGGUGAUCAACCUGACCGGUAGCAUCUGGUUCUUUUUGCUCGUUGGGAAACACGAACUUUCUCUGACUGUUCCGCUCAUCAACUCGAGUGCCUUCCUCUUCACCGUUCUUGGCGAGUGGUAUGUUGAGCGCAAAGUGAUUGCGAAGCAGACGUGGUUGGGUAUGGGGCUGGUCCUUGGGGGAAUUGCAGUCUGUGUGCAUUCCAAGAACCAGGCUUCCUGA